AUGGCGGGUCGGUUUGUGGAGUACUUGCCUGAGGCAAAGUUGAAGGAACUGCGCGACAUCGCAAAUGCGAUUGUCAGUCCUGGAAAGGGUAUACUAGCUGCAGAUGAAAGCGUUGCUACCAUCGGUAAACGCUUCAGAUCAAUUAAUCUCGAGAACACCGAGGAAAAUCGUCGUAACUACCGACAACUCCUAUUUAGUUCGGAUCCCUGCUUGGCCAAAUACAUCUCAGGUGUCAUCCUCUUUCAUGAUACAGUCUACCAAAAGAUGGACGAUGGAACACCCCUCAUAAGUCUCUUACAGGACCGCGGAAUUAUUCCUGGAAUCAAGGUUGACAAGGGUGUAGUUCCAUUGGCUGGAACUCAUGAAGAAGGAACUACUCAGGGAUUGGAUGGUUUAAGCGAACGUUGUGCUCAGUAUAAAAGAGAUGGUUGCCACUUUGCUAAAUGGAGAUGUGUUUUGAAAAUUCAGGAACACACACCUUCCUAUCAGGCUAUGAUGGAGAAUGCCAAUGUGCUGGCCCGAUAUGCUGUAAUCUGCCAACAGAACGGAAUUGUCCCGAUUGUUGAACCAGAAGUCCUUCCAGACGGGAACCAUGACCUCUUCGUUGGACAAAGAGUGUCUGAAGAGGUGCUUUCAUUCGUAUACAAGGCUCUGGCCGAUCACCACGUCUAUCUGGAAGGAACUCUCCUCAAGCCAAAUAUGGUAACGGCUGGUCAAAGUUGCAGCCAAAAGUACACGAAAGAGCAGAAUGCCGUAGCCACAAUCCAGACCCUUCAACGCACUGUUCCCCCCGCAGUCCCUGGUAUAGUUUUCCUCUCAGGUGGAAUGUCUGAGCUCGAUGCAACGAUGAACCUUGACGCCAUUAAUAAGGCAAAAAUGAAGAAGCCUUGGGCAUUGUCUUUCAGUUUUGGUCGCGCUCUUCAGGCUUCCGUCAUUGAGACGUGGCAGGGCAACCCGGACAACAUCUUGGCUGCUCAGUGUGAACUGCUCAAACUGGCUAAAGCAAGUUUUGGAAUUGCAAACAGCGAAGCGAGUCUGGGCAAGUUCGAUGGGAAGCUGGAGCUGGCCGCCGGUGAACAAUCGAAUUUCGUUGCAAAUCACGCCUAUUGA